UUCCUUUAAACUCUCUAUUGGCAGAGUCACAGUACUUUUAAGUUUACUUUUCCUUGAAUUCUCUAUUUGUCGAGUCAUAGUCUCUCAACCAAGGCAUGAUACGUCAUUCUCACAAGUUGCUUGUAUACUGUGCAGAUCAGCUGUCAGUGUUUAGUCUCUUCGUCUUCAGCCACCAGCACUACUGGCACCGAAAGGAUGGCACUGUCAGAGUGGACACCUGUCUUCCAGAUUAAAGCAAAUAUUCUUAAACAAGGAGACUCCUGGUGUCUGCAGUUUGAUGACAGUCUUGUGCCUGACAGCCCGAACUCUGGCUGGGAGCAGUACAUUCGGAACACAUGUGCCAGGUUUGAAUGCUCUGACUGUGGAAGAAGCUGGCCUUCCAACCGGGUGAUGGUGGUCUUCCACAUGUGCCUGUCAAACGGGCAGGGCGUUGUCAAAGUGAGGCCCUUCCGUCAGAACUGCAAGACGUGCAGUGACGCCCCAAUGGAAAGGCCCAGCAUCACCCCAGAGAACAUCGACAUCCUCCUGGAGAAGCUGGUGGAGAAGAUCAGAAUAAAAUGCUACCAUGAAAACCUGGGCAAAGUAAACAGGCCUUUUGUAAGCGUGGAUGUCAAAAGCCCCCAUGAGCCUGAUCAUUGUGAGGCCUGUAUGCAAGGCAUCUGUACAAGGGACUGAGCUUGUGUUGCUAUUAAGGUAGCCU